AUGCCAGACCUCAAUUCUCUUCCUCCAUCUCGCUCUCCGGCCUCUGCUUCACCAUCGAUUCAACCUCGCGCCACCUUCUCCCACACAUCUCUUCCUAUAGCGGAUCCUCAUCCUCAUCUACAGCGCCGAGACACCCCUUCUCCUCGUUCCUCUUCUAUAUCUCUUGCGGCAGCUGCAACCAUGAACGCCGCAGACAUGUCGCGCCGAAACUCUGCAACUAGCAAUACCCGUGGCUCACCCCGCAUGGGUAGAGGUGAACGCCGUCGGUCUACUGUUGCUAUGAGCUUAAGCCUUAACGAUCCCACCUUGCCAUCGCCGGGCGAGCUCAGUCACAAUGAUCACAGAACGAACCUUUUCACAACAGGAAGUCCAUCGAGUAUAGGCGGGAGCAGUGUCAUAGCCACAGGUGAUCCCCAUCAUCACCAUAGGACUCCUAGUCUUGGAGAAAUACAUCAGGAGUUGGAACAAGAGCAGGAAGCCCAAGUGAAUCGCUUGUUGCAAAUGAUCCGGACACAGCAGUUACAGCUUGAACAGAUGCGACAAUAUCAGCAGGAUCACAGUGCCCGACACCAGACCUCGGCAUCCACGGCAACUUCCGGUGCUCCAGCGUCUGCAGGCGCAGCAGGCAAUACAGCAGUUGUCGAUGACUCCACCCCGACGUCGGAGCGCUCCUUCUCAAUUCCUAACCUGCUCCCCUUUUCCCCAGCACCGCAAGCUGGACCACGCGCAAGUCGCCGCAACUCUCGUCCACGGACGGGCAGUUCCGCGACCUCUCCAGCUUUACGACCUGUUCCCAUCCACACUCAGCAUGAAACAAGUCACAGCAGCCACGGAAGUGCAGAUUGGCCUCCCUCACCAGUUGAGAUAGCCCGGAGGAACAGUAGUCGGGACGAGAGCGCUUACUAUCAAGCUGAAACUGCCACCUUGACACGUGAGAAUCAAAUGCUUCGGUUGAGGAUUAGGGAACUAGAGAGACAGGUGAAUGAGAUGAACUCUAAUGGGGGUACUGCACAUGCUUCGCCAAAUGCUCCGAUCACAGGCAGUAAUCUCAAUUUAUUGGUAACAACAGAGCGGGAAGGCGCCGAUACUGAGCAGACAGAUUCUGGUUCGGCAGAAACGAACAAGGACUGA